AUGGCUCGCCAUCGCAGCCGCUCGGGUGGGAAGGACGGCGAGGGCCGGCGGGUGUCGCGCUCCGUCUCUUCGCGGCGGCGGCGCUCUUCGCCGUCUCCUUCGCGCGCGUCGAAGAAAAAGACGCCGACCGCGAGCUCAUCAAGCAGCAAGCGUCGCGGCACGGAGAAGAGCGGGAAGCGCUCGCUGUCGCCUUCGCCUUCGCCUCGGCUUCACCGUUCGAAGAGGCGCGCAGACGGCGAGAAGCGACGCUCUGUCUCCCCGCUUCACUCGGAGGAGGCGGACGGCGGGCGCAGCGCAACCAAGCGCGAGAAGGCCGCCAAGGCUUCCUUCCGCUCAGCUGCUCCCCCAAAGGGCCUCUCGUCGCGCGGCGGCCGGCGCCGCAGCCGCAGUCGGUCUCUGCGGGGCGCCAAGGAUCUGCGGAAGAGCAAAAGCGACCCGGAAGGCGACAAGGCUCGAAACGGGAAGUCCGAGGACGCCGAGAAGCUGCAUAGGAAAAAGGCGCGGCGCUCGCUCUCGCGGAGCCCCGCGCCGGCGGCGGGGGCCGACGACGCCGGGGGGAGGCGGCAGCGAAGUCGCAGCCGGAAGGCCUCGGGACGCGGCAAGUCGAGCAAAGGCCGCAGUGAAAGCCCGCCGCGCAGCAGGGAGCGACGAGGGGCGAGCCGGUCGCGCUCGCCGCGCGCUCGCGACGACGGCAAGAAGGGCGACAGCCGCCGGAGCCCCGAGUCCGCCAGGAGACACCGCCGACGGCACCACAGGUCGCGGAGCCCGCGGCGCAGCCCGAGUAUAAGCCGCAGCCGAAGCUUUCGCAGGGGACGCGCGAGCCCCUCGGUUCAGCGCCACGCGCACCACAGGGACCCCUGGUCGCUGAGGCACGGCGGCAGCAGGCAUCGAGGGGUCGGCGGCGCAGGGUGGCGACGGAGCAAGAGUCGGAGUGUGAGCCGGAGCCGGAGCAACCUCCGGCCUUACUCGAGUCGCCGCCGCCUAUCGGGUGGCACGCGGGGCGCGGGCAGCUUCGCCCGCAGGGGCGGCGGGGGGAGCUACGAAAACGACUUCAUGGCGGCCCUUCCCCCAGACCAUCCUUUCGCGUCGCGACCGCCACCGAAGCACAGCACCACGCCGCUGCUGCCGCCGCUCUCGCAGAUGAUGCAGGACGACUGCCGCGGGCCGCACUCGCUCUACGACCCCCGCGGCGGCUCCGGAAGAGACAGCUUUUGGGGCGCCGACCGCGGUCGCCCAGCAGGAGGCCCCGACCGCCUCGGGCCCAACGCGCGGUGGGUGCGAGGCGAGGCGCUCCCAGAUGACGCCUUGCCGCUCUCGGGCUUCCCUGGCGCGCGACGAGACCCGUGGGCGGACCGAGGCCGCGGCGUGAUCCCGCGAGGGAACUCCCCGCUCCCGGCCUUCUUCCAAGAGCGCCUCAUGAUGCGGAGAAAGAUGAUGCAGGACGCGGAGAUAGCCGGCGCUGUGAAGGAACAGAAACGAGCCCUGAGGCGGACGCUGAAGCCUGCGCUCGUGGUUGACCGUGCCACGACGCCGCCUUUUCUGCUGCGCGUCUUCUACAAGGUUGACGACCAGCACUCGGUUGAGCAGUUCCAGGAGCGCGGUCAGGAGCCCGUCGAAGACGAACUGCAGGUCUACGCCUGGAUGGACAGCAAACUUCGCGAGAUCGCGUACCUCGUCAAAGACGUGUGCUGGGAAGCCAGGGACCGGCACGCAGUCUGGAAGUUCCGCCUCGUCUACCCAGACAAAAAGGGCAAGAACGUGGUCGCGUCGAUUGGGCUGCUUCACUCGACAAUCCCCGAUCCGAAGGAAGAUUCUAAGACUCUCGCGGACGUGAAGUUCCAGAUUGGUGAUUUCCUGUUGCUGUCGAUCGUCAAGGAGAAGAAGGACGCUGAGGACCGAGUCCUCCCGCGCACGGGGCUGCGCCAGACACGGACGACGGCUGAGGGCUGGGAGCAAGUCGUUCAAGAUUCUGGAAGCGCCGGGCUCGCAGGGCCUUCGUCCAUGGCGGAAGGCGACGCGGCGCGCGCCGCGACCACCAAGGAGGAGGCCGCGCAUUCGGUAGACACCUCGAAGGCUGCAGCGCUCGGCGAAGAUGACGAAAACGCGAAGGAGCACUCAGAAAGUGACGAAGAAGAGACGAAGGAGCGCGAGGAAGAGGGCGACGGCGACCCGGAGACGUUCCCAGACCGGCAGAGAUACACUGCUCCCGACCACCACACGGAUGACGACGAGGAAGAAGAGAGAAAAGACUCGGGCGAAGCAAACAGCGCUGGCGAGGAGGAGGACAAAGGGGCGUCUCACGCGGAGGCGAGCGCGCCGGUCGGCGAUGCCCGCGAAGCGCCACGCGAAGAGAAAGCAGGCGACGCUGGAGCGUGCUCCGACGCCAAGAGCAAGCACGACGUGAGACCGGAAGUCGAGAAAGGAAGCGCGGGGCCCCACGCGGACUCGCCGCAGGAGAGUCUCCUGCCCCCGAAGGAGGUGGCGAGCGACGAAGAGGGCAAGCCAAGCAGCCGCAGCCGGACGCGCAGGGACGAGGAAAAGGACCAGAAGCACGACGGAGAGAAGAAGGAGAAACGGCGCUCUGCGAGACUCGGGAAGAAGAGAGCCGCAGACGCAUAA